AUGUCAUUCCUCUUGAGUUUUGCACGAAGCUUUACAUCCCUAUUUUGGAGUUAUAACGAUGUGAAGAACGGAGAAAUCGAGGAUGACGCGGUACCAAAGAUUUUGGAUUUUGGAGCUGUAAAUGAUGAAAUUUUAAUUUCCAACAGAUUGCUGCACAAAUUGCCGCAGGAAGUAAGUCAAAUAUUGCACAUGCAAGAAGAUGUUAAAUUUCCGAACUGACAGAGGAAGUACGCCAAGUGCGACGCUCAUUUUUUCUCUAAAUUUUUCACACGUGCCGGGUAUAGUCCACAUAUCAAUUCUAAAAAUUUUAGCUUUGAAACUUGGCAGAAAUUUAGAAUAAUUUUUUCUAUAAAAUAUAUGCGAGAAUCCUAGCUCGCGCUUUGCUGAAACCACCGUGAUUUUUAAGUCGAAAGUCGGCAAAAGUUUGAGACCUUUUGCCAAAUUUAGGCCAGAAAAGUUUCAUGCCUAUUUCUACCAUAAAGGGUGAUUUUUCUAUAAAAAAUCGAUUUUUCCGUACGAAACUAGCAAAGUUAUGGCAAAAGGUGUUUCUCUCCCUGAUACGCGUCGGAUACUUUCUCGGCCCUAAACAUUGUUGGACAUCUCAACGGCGCUUGCAAAGCACGAGCUGGAACCUUUAGAAAUUGAUAUUUAAUCUAUGCCCGAAGUGUGCGCGAAAUUUAAAGAAAAGCUGAGCGUCGCACAUGGGUGCUUCCGUUAUGAGAAAAAUCCGGCACCAAAUCUUCCGUAAAGUGUCCUUGCAGUUGUUGAAAAAAGGAAUAUCAAUAUUGCAGGUUCGCAUGUUGAUUUUGCGUCGCUUGAAGACUUUCGACGUCCUGAAGCUCUAUCAUCAUAACUGCUCGGACAUGAGUUGGGCCGACCAACGACUCCCACCAGUUCAUCGUUGCACGACGGACAAGACGGCUUCGCGUGCUGAGAGAGUGUACAGGUACUUCAGAUUGCGAUGCCUCUUUUACUGUCAACGCCACCUUUAGGGAGCUGGUCUACGUUUCGAGAAACACCCUUAGAUCUCAAGCUUUGCCGACGUGCAACAACACGCUAAAGGAGAUGUUUCAAACCUUCGACAGGCACCAUAAAGUGAACAUCGAGUUCACUGUGUUGUUUGAAGAACCGCAAGACAAACCGUUCUAUGUCGACUCCGCUUGGUCUUGGGUUACAUUCAACGGGCGAAUACGGAUCUACAAUAACGAAAAGAAAUGGGCUGGACGGGAGGAGGCCGUUUUGUGGCUUCGUAUCUGGGCGCAAUUAGUAAGUUGACUGUGCAAGAUUUCUGGAAUAUUAUUUGUCAAAAGUCGAAGUAGAUAGGUCUCCAUCAUCAGCAAAGACCGCCGAUUAUAAAUGUUCGUAUUUCCGUAAAACAUGAGUUGAUAUAUAUAUUGCCAAAGGAGCGUUUGCAGUGCGACGCUCAGAUUUUCUUUCCAUUUUGCACACCCAUGGGCAACAUGUCAAUGUCUGAAACUUUUAACUCGCGUUUUUAAGCUAACAAGGGAAACGCUCUAAUCGUAAGUGCGACGCUGAGAUUUUGACGAAACUUGUCACAAAUUUAGAUUGAUUUUAGCAAGACAUAUCCGUGAUUUCUAGCCACCGGUUUGUAGAAAUGACCGAGAUUUUUAGAUCGAAAGUUGACAAAAGUGUAACACUUUUUUUGCGGAUUUUAUCAUGAAAAGUUUCAUGUCCGUUUCUACCGUAGAGGGCAAUAGUUCCACAAAAAAUCAAAGAUUUCCGCAAUAAACUGGCAAAGAUAUGGCAUAAAGUGUUUUCUUCUCACAAUCAGGCCGCUCCCCGCGUUUGGCGUGCUCUCUCGGCCGCAGAGAUCGUUGAAUAUCUCGGCUGCGUCUGCCAAGCGCGAGCUAAAAUUGAUAAGUGGCAUAUGACAAAAGUGUGUGCAAAAUUUAAAGAAAAUCUGAGCGUCGCGCUUGGGGUACUUCCUUUGUAAGAGAAAAUUAUUCGCAGCUGGGAGACUUUCCUUGUAGGAUACGGAUAGGAUCACGCGGUUGCAUAGAAAGUUAUAGCAAAGAUCGAAUUAGAAACAUUGUGUAUGGAUAUGUCCGUUUUAGAAUGUCGUGUUUUGUUGGUUGUAGAUAUAAGACUGGUUGUAAUCUUUAAUUGACUGAUCAAAUAUUAAUACAUACACACAUAUAAACAACUGUUUCUCUUGCAGUUCGUGGAUCGAAAAGCUGUUGCUGCGUAUUACGACAAAAAGUUGAACCGAUUGUACUACGGGGAAUACGAAGGACGUGAUGGCAACAACAUAGUCGACAUCUUCUAUUCAACACCAGGAGAGAGAGGAAGGACCCGUGUGUUUCAAGUCCGCUCGCAUCUCGAUGCAAGGACUUUUAUGGAAGCGGCGGAUGAAAAGUUUUUCGUUGUGACCGAUUUGCUUUACGAAGAGCAUGCCAAGAUCAACUAUUAUGACAUGCAGACGGGCAGACAGUGCUUUAUAUGGUACGACGCCAUACUUGUGGAUAUGAUUCAAUGUGGGGACCAAUUGCUUCUGGAGACCGAGCAUAAGAUGGCUCUUUUUCAAGCCGGCGAAGACGGAAUCAAAAUGGUUUGGGAGAACUUGAAAGAUUGCAGUGUGCGACUGAAUGAGACGACUUUUGCAUACUGUACCAUCGGGGUUUUGAUGGUAGGAAAAGUCUUACGACUCGCGUCCCGACUUUUCGGGUCGACGACAGUUCGGGUCAAUACAAAAUCGAUCGAUACGGCGCGUAGGGCAGGUAGAUACUCAAAAAUAGGUUGUAGAAAGUGCCUACAAAGCCAUGCACGGCAACCCAGCUUUUUUGGUUUUUGUUACCUAUUGUACAUGUAAAAUACCUCAAAAUAGGUGAUAAACAAUCCUAGGACCCGAUAAAUCUUAUUAUUUCUACUGACUAAGCCUUCUCCUAGCCUCCCCAUGCAUACAACGAGGAAACGACGCGAUCCGUAGUAUCGCUGAUCCGAACUGUCGCUGACCCGAAAAGUCGUAGCGCCUUACGAUCAACUGUUAUAUCAAUUUCCCUUUGAAUUUUGUUUGAUUUCUAGUUUGCUCGGUUCGAUGAAGGCAUGCUCAAAGUCGAGUUCGGCUUCGUAAACACAUUCGAUUGCCCUAAGGAGGACCUUCAACUUUUACGGAUGGCCGACAAUAUUUUUGUGAUAACAGGCAACAACGGUUCCAAAAAUGUGUAUUUGUACGAAAUAUUUGACGGAAGGCCUCGUUGUAACCUCAUUUCGCUAAUGAAAACAUAA